AGAAGAGCAAACAUGAGAGCCAAGGAGGAGAACAGAUGCCAAGCAGACACCAGAAAGAAAAAAUCCAGGAUGAAGCUUUCGGAAUUGUUCACCAGCCCGGAGCUGGCAGGGAGACCACAAAGUCACAGAACGGAGGAGGGGAAAGAAAGAUCCAUCGCACGGACCAGCGACUCUGAUAAUAAAAUGCUUACGGUGGGUGACGUCAGUCCAACCUUCAAUGCUACCAGCAAUGAGGAAGACGACCUUAUUGGUGACUUUUCUAAGCGGUACUGCUUACCAGUGGAAAGUGGCAAACACCAGGACCUGAGAUACAUCACAUGUGAUACACUAGCGCACCUCCUGGAAGGAAGACACAAGGACGCGGUGGAGAAGUACUACGUGGUGGACUGUCGCUACCCCUAUGAGUACGCUGGG